AUGAUUCGACCAAAUGAUCCAGUUUGGCGUCAUGCUGACAGAUCUUCCAGGGCAUAUGUUGAAAAUAUGGAUGAUGGUAGAAUGAAGUGUAAGCUUUGUAGGCAAUUGUUUGCCCAAGGUACUUCCAUCUCGAGGAUCAAAUUCCAUUUGUCAGGAGUGAAAGGGCGUGGUGUUAAAAUUUGUGAAGAUGUUCCAAAAGAAGUUCAAGAUGCAGCCCUUGCAGCAAUUGAUGGCCCUCCAGAAAAAAAGCUUAAAACUGUAGCAGGCUCAAGCAGUAACGAGGUCCCUAAUGCACAAGAACAGAACAAUGAAGGGACACAUGUAGAAAUGGCACAACAUGGAGAAGCUGUUUUCACUGGAGAACAUGCAUGGGCAAAUGAUUUCAUUGGAGGAGGGAUUGAGCUUGUGCAUAAUACAUCGGAGCGUAGACCAGUAUCAGAGCAACUCUGCUCUCCAACAGUAAACAAUGAUGUCAUUAUGAUGAGGUGAUUGGAGGGAUUGAACCUAUGCAUAAUGCACCGGAGACUAGACCAAUAACAGAGCAAACAAGUCAAGAGCGUGAACGAGGAAUCUGUGACUUCUCUUCUUCUUCCACGGUGGAUAAUGUCAUUGGCAAUAACAUAGAAAACCCAGCCACGGGAUUCAUGCAGCCUGGUGCAGGAGCUAGCUCUUCUGGAGGCCUUAAAUACUACACUAGUGAGACUAGAGGAGAUCUGUUACCUACUAGCUCUACAAAGCUAGUGGGUCGAGCAUUCGAAGAGAAUAGGAAUAUGAUAUGGUCCUGGUUAAUGGAUGAUGAAGUCUUAACCAUUGGUGUUUAUGGGAUGGGGGGAGUUGGUAAAACAACAAUGCUGCAAUAUAUCCAUAACGAGCUUCUAAAAAGAUCAG